AUGACCCAAUCUACACCACAAGGCCAUCGACAAUCACACCCGGUCGUCCCUGGCCAGACAGCACCGGCCCUACCUGCCUCGCCUCCCCAAGUGAUCUUCGCUGGAUUCUCCUCCCUCUCAACCCCUCCUCGUGUUUCCCCAGCCCCGUCACCCAGCAAUGACCGCGGGGCCAUCGUUUCCUCGGCCUCCCCAAGCACGUCAUUGCGCGACUUCAGCUUCUUCACACCACCGAGCUUCUACAAUCCAAGUGCGAACUUAAGAGCAUCGCCAUCAUCAGGACCAUGGACGCCUUCACCACCGCCGGCUUUUACAUUCAGUGCUGGAGUAAGCCUCACAAGCCGUGCCGGUACACCACAGAGUCCUUCACCUGCAUCACCUCCAGCUUUCACAUUCGCAGCUGGUAGCAGUCGAGCGAGCCGUGACGGUACGCCGCUGACUUCUUCACCGUCACCGACUCCACGCAGUCUGUCUAUACAGAGCGCGGUGCAGAGUCUUGAAAAAUUGUCUCUGCUAUCGCCGAGAGAUGUAGCACCUUCUUCAGCUGCUGCUUCUAACCACGCGGUGCGGCAGCUGAUCCCAGCGCGCACUUCCCUUUCAGUACGACAGAGUUUGCCGGCGGCCAGUCCGGGAAUUGCUCCACCCUCGGGAUCUCAAGCAUGUAUGACCUCGGGUCCCGGUACUCAAAAUCAAACAGCAGCGACAAGAGAGGAUACCUCAUCGAGAAGAGCAGCUACAGGCCUCGCUAGCAUGGUGGCCUCUGAGCCGUACAAUCCUUGCAGUGAGGUUGAUCCCCAGCAUGAGUUCUUCUCUCCGAAAUUGCAAAAGGAUUAUCAAGCUGGAAUCGAACUUGCAGCCAGUAUUGCUGCUUGCGUUGCCGAAACAGUUGCUCAGGUUCCAGUGGUGGAUGCCGAGAGACUGCAACACCUUCUCAAAGAUGCGCAGACACUGAAGGACUUCCGGCCAUCCAAAACUCGGACUGUGGCGGUAUCGGGCACCUCCGGACAUGGUGAGUUGCAUAAUCCAAGCCAAGCAGGAGAUUUGGAGUCUGAUUUCUUGCAGGCAAAAGCAGCUUGA